AUGCAUUUUGAGAAACCACCCGUUGUGAUUGAUAAUGGCAGUUUUGACAUCAAAGCUGGUUUCGCAUGCGACAAUCACCCUGUGUCCAUGUUCCGGACACUGGUUGGGCGACCCAAUUACUUGGGCGGGCGGUAUGGCCGUGAACAUUAUGACGUUUACAUAGGUGACGACGCAACACUGCUACAACUGGAUUUGGAGUUGAACUAUCCCAUAGUACAUGGGAAGAUAGAUCAUUGGGAUAACAUGGAAAGGAUUUGGCAUCAUAUAUUUUAUAGGGAGUUGAAAGUCGCACCAGAAGACCGCGCUGUAAUUUUGGCUUGUGGAGUGAAAUCUUCUAUGAAAGAGAAAAUACAAUGUUGCGAAAUUUUCUUCGAAACUCUCAACUCUCCUGUUCUUUGCAUUCAGCCACAAGCUGUACUGUCAUUGUAUGGAUCUGGUGCAACGACCGGUGUCUGUGUAGACAUCGGUCAUGAUUCCACUGACAUAGUACCAAUAUACGAAGGAGGUAUAAUCAAAUAUGCGCAUAUAGAAACGGGGAUAGCUGGCUUUCAAAUAUCGGAGUAUAUACAAAAAUCUCUCCAAGAGCGCAAUAUUUUCAAUGAAAAUGUUUCCAUUGAAGAUAUAAAAAAACAAUAUUUAUAUGCUACACCAAACUGUGCAAUGAAAAUAGACAAACAAUUAUACAUUUCAGAAACUGGUGAUGUAAUUGAUGUAAGUAAUGAGGCUAUUAUGGGUGCCGAAAUAAUUUUCCAGCCAAAACUAUUUAAUGAUAACAAUAACAAUUGCCAUUCGUUGCAUGAAACUGUAAGAACUUCUGUACUAAAAUGUGACGCUGAGUUAAGAACACAACUUUGUGAUGCUAUCGUGCUAUGUGGAGGUUCGGCUUCCGUGCCGGGGAUAUGUGAACGAUUACGUAUUGAGCUACAAGGGACGAUGGAUAACACUGUCACAAUUUUAUCCUCGGUAGAACCUUACGCCGUGGCUUGGUUGGGAGGCGCCACAUUUGCAGGGUUGCCAGACGCUGAAAAGCUUUGGAUACAAAAAAAACAGUUUGAGGAUUACGGUGAAAAAAUUGUCAAAAAUAAAUUCAUGUGA